AACUGCCUCUCAACGAAGGAAUGCAGAAACGAAAGAUAAUGACAAUGACGUCACAAAUCCACUGCCCACAACAAACAUGGAGGAAUAUGCCCGUGAACCUUGCCCCUGGAGGAUAGUGGAUGACUGUGGAGGUGCUUUCACCAUGGGUGCAAUUGGAGGAGGCGUGUUCCAGGCUAUCAAGGGCUUCCGAAAUGCCCCAGCUGGUGCUGCACACAGGCUGAAGGGUAGUGCAAACGCAGUGAGGAUAAGAGCGCCGCAGAUUGGAGGAAGCUUCGCAGUAUGGGGAGGUCUCUUCUCCACAAUUGACUGUGGUUUAGUUCGCCUUAGAGGAAAAGAGGAUCCCUGGAACUCUAUAAGUAGUGGUGCUAUGACAGGAGCCAUACUGGCUGCACGUAGUGGGCCAUUAACCAUGAUGGGCUCUGCCAUGAUGGGGGGAGUUUUGCUAGCCCUAAUUGAAGGUUUUGGGAUUCUCCUAACAAGAUACACAGCACAACAGUUUCAGAACCGUGAGUUUUGUAAAAGAAACACAUAUUGUAGUAGUGUCUGUCAAGUGUGUAGUGGUCUCAUUUGUGACGAUUAUAACCAGCUUCCCCUCUGAGAAUGAUGCCACAAACAAAAAUGAUGUGCAAGUCCACACAAUAAAAUCACAUUUAUUUUAGGCUGUAUCAAUGUAACCAUGACACAAGCUGACUCAGACUCACUUUAGCUUUGCCGAACACGAAGCAAGAGUAUGGUGGCCUUUAUGGGCAAAAAAAAUGAUUGUAGUGACUUGACAUUUCAUCCACCCUUGCAACCUGGUGUUUAUAUAUUCACAAAAAAGUUGAUAUUAUGGUAGAUACAUCUUAUUCUGUACUUAAUUUAACUAUAAGUCCAACAAGUACAUUUGAAGUUCACAUUUUUUUAAGACCUUGCCAAAUAUCUGCUUGAAACCGGAAGCCUGCACGACAUGGUCAUAUCUUAUUUUUUGUCCUCUUUAGCAAUUCCUUUUGCAGAAGAUCCCAGUCAAUUACCUCCAAAGCAAGAUGGUCAUCAGUCUGCACCCAAGGGUCAGUUUCAAUAGAGCAACAGAGGAUAGCUGUUGACAUGACGACUCAAGUCCAGCAGGGAAACACUUGGACUUAGCAGCAGGUACCGACAAUGAUGAGGAGAUGGAGAAAAGGAUAUUUUACUUUGGUGUGAAAUCGUCACACUAUGUAUAAACUUCAGGUAAAAAAAAAAAAAGUGAAUUGUAUAAACCAAAUAUCAAAUAUUUUUCCGUGACUGGAUUGGUUUUAUUCAAAUUAUCAGCGUUGACACAUACAUAAACUGUAUAUGCAUUCAGAUAGAAAUGAUAAGAAAUGUUCUUAUCUGCUUUUCUGAUGGGUUUUAGAGGGACUGUUUCUCCUCCGAUGUCAAAUGUAGCCAGUUAUCUUGCUGCUGAUACAUUUUAUUAUUUUAUCAAAUGUUUACCAUUUUAAAGCGAUAGUAUUAAUUUAUAAAGUUUGCAUUGGUUUCUACAACAGAGGAGUAAAUAUUGCAAAUUUGACCUGUUUGUCUAUGUAUCACUGUAAUUACUUUAAUUGAAGCAAUAUCCAUCAGACACAAAAGCACUUUAAAAAAUGUUUUCUCCUAAAGGAUUUUUAGCAACAUGGACAUAUGUUUGAUGUAUAGAAGAAUGUUUAUUACACUGAUGUAUAUAUUUAUAGAAGUGGUUGCAAUAAAUAAAGACAUCAAAAGUUUCUUUAAAACAA